GCUUCACGUUUCUUUUAUUUUUCAUUUUGAUGUUGGAACUAAACAAUAUUAUUAUUAUAUGCAUUAGGUACUCAUAGGAAGAUAUCCACCGGUAACGCUGCUCUAGAAGUCAUAAAGAGUCAAAUACAGAUUGAUUAACAAUAAGAAUAAAAUUUGAAGAUAUUUAAAAGUCAUAAAAGUCAAAUACAUAUUCAUUUACAAUAAAGAAUAUAUCGGAAAGUAAACAUACAUUUAAUUGUGGUUGAAAGAGUCGGACGUUAUUUAACUUCAAAAUAAAUUAAUUAACAAGCCCGACCUGUCUUGUCUGUAACUCUCGAAGAAACUGAAGCAGUGAUAAUGAUGACAUUAUCAACAACUUCGGGAAGUAAUAUUAUUGUCUCAGCACAAGAGGUAGGUAUCAGGUGUGCCAUAACCCAUAAACUCUACCACGACUAAUCUUUUCCAAAUGUCCGUUUUAUAUUUGACUGAACCAUGACAAUUAAUGGAAAAGUUGAAAUUCUCUUUUGUUAGUUGACCAAAAAUAUGCACUAAUCACAUGAGAGUUUUUGGAAAAGAGGAUAAUACGUUAAUUCAAGAUAGAGAAUCGAAUGCAUGUUGGACUUGAGGGAACUCUAAAGUCUAACCCCAUACAGAGCUAGCCUCUGUGUAACCUAUCAAUACUACAUCGUUUUUGACUCCCAUACCCCCAACGCCAUUCUCUUCCUCUCCACACGCACAUACUUUACUACAUCUGUCUUUUCCUCUUAAAUUACUCCUUCAUGUUUAGUGUAUAAAAAACAGUGCACACAGAGAUCUGCAAGACUAUUCCAGACUUUUGUUAAAUGAAGUAUAUCGUUAGUAUGCAUAUCAAUUCCUAUUCAAGAUUGAUAAGUAUAUGAGUUCUAGAGAAUAAAAAUUUGAAUUGAUGCACAAAGCAUUAUGUAUAUUAAAAUAGUAAAAUAAACAGUAAUUCAGUAUAGUAUAUAAUAGUCAAACACAAGUAAAAAAAUAACUGAAGUGAAGAAAAACAAAAUAAUCUUCUCAAAAUUCAACGUAUUUUCUAAAAAUUCAACGUAUUUGAGUUAAAUGGCAUUUUUAUUUUCUAACGGUUGCUAAAGUUUUUUAGAUGAGCAGGUAACAAUAUAUAUCAUCAUUGAAAUGACAAGAGUCUGUCUGACAUAAGUCAUCAUUGAAACCCCAAUCCCCUACAUAAACUUCCUUCCUCUCUCUCUCUCUCAAACAUUAUUAACGAGCACAACUUCAUUGUUUUCUCCAGAAAAAUCUUUUUUGACCCAAAAUUUCCAAGAAAAUCUUGAAGAAAUGGGUGAAAGCGAAGAUGGUUUGGGUCUGAGUCUAAGCUUGGGGUUAAGUCAGCUAAAGGAACCAUCUCUGGGACUGGGGUUGAAUCUAUUGCCGUUGAGAACUUCUUCUUCGUUUUCUCACAUGCACAAUCACAAUAAUAACCAUCUUCAGAAGAAGAUUUAUCACAACUCUUGGCCUCAUCAGUUCCAGUCCUCUGAAAGAAACUCUGACGUAGGAUCUCUUCUAAGAGGUCUCGAAGUAAACAGAACUCCUUCUGCGACGGUCGUGAUUAACUUAGAAGAAGACGCUGCGGGCGUGUCUUCACCGAACAGCAACGUUUCGAGUGUGAGUGGGAACAAGAGGGAUCUUGCGGCGGCGAGGGGAGACGGAGGAGGAGAUGAGAACGAGGCUGAGAGAGCUUCUUGCUCACACGGUGGAGGAAGCGACGAAGAAGAAAGAGGAAACUGCGAGGGAACGAGGAAGAAACUCCGGUUAUCUAAGGAACAAGCUUUGGUUCUUGAAGAAACAUUCAAAGAACAUAGCACUCUAAAUCCGAAGCAAAAGCUGGCUCUAGCAAAACAGUUGAAUCUGAGGACAAGACAAGUAGAAGUGUGGUUUCAGAACCGAAGGGCAAGGACGAAGCUGAAACAAACAGAGGUUGAUUGUGAGUAUUUGAAGAGAUGUUGCGAUACUCUAACGGAGGAGAAUCGACGGCUGCACAAGGAAGUGUCUGAGCUCAGGGCGUUGAAGCUAUCUCCACAUCUCUACAUGCAUAUGACUCCUCCAACUACUCUCACUAUGUGCCCUUCUUGCGAACGUGUCUCGGCUUCCUCCUCCUCCUCAGCUAUGGCUGCUGCUGCUCCUCCCUCCUCCACCGCAUCUGGUGGUGGACGGAUUCCUACGGUGGUGGGACGGCCAAGUCCACAACGGCCAACUCCCUGUGCAGCUAUUUCUCUCCAGUCAAGAUUAGCUCACUAGGGGAAAUAUAUUUAAUUUAGUAUACAUAAAAUAUAUGUAUGAAAACUGAAACCUUAAAAUUUUUUAUGCAAGUUUGACGUCAAAUCUACUUAAAAUGAAAAGGACGUCAUCUGAAUCUCAGGCUCUUAACACUGUCAAUUAAUUCUUUUACAUAAUGUAAAAUCGCAAAGAGCUAGUUAUAAGAA